CGGCUCCUAUGCUAAUAGGGGGUGGCCCAUAGAAGAUUCCAGUACCCUCCCCUAACUUCAGGCCAGACUCCCUUCAGCUAGAGGGGAGAUCUGGAUGGCACCUAUUUUGUAUGACUAUUGCAGAAUGCCCAUGGGUGACAUUUGGAAGGAAGACGGGGACAAGCGCUGUAAACUGGUGGUAGGAAUUCUGGGGCUCCUGGUCGUAGUGCUUCUGGGGGUGCCCCUGAUUUUCUUCAUCAUCAAGGCCAACAGCGAGGCCUGCCAGGAUGGCCUCCGGGCAGUGAUGGAGUGUCGCAAUGUCACCUAUCUCCUGCAACAAGAGCUGGCCGAGGCCCAGCGGGGCUUUCGGGAUGCAGAGGAACAGGCUGUCACCUGCAACCAGACUGUGGUGGCCCUAAUGGCUUCCCUGGAUGCAGAGAAGGCCCAAGGACGAAAGAAAGUGGAGGAGCUUGAGGGGGAGAUCACUACAUUGAACCACAAGCUUCAGGACGCGUCUGCGGAGGUGGAGCGACUGAGAAGAGAAAACCACGUCUUAAACGCGAGAAUCGCGGACACGGACUCCGCCAGCUCCCAAGACUCCAGCUGCGCGGCAGAGCCCCCGCUCCUGAUUCUGCUGCUGGGCUUGAGCGCUCUGCUGCUGUGAGAUCUCAGGAAGCUGGCGUAUUUUGGAAGAUCCGGUUCCUGCUCGACUUUUCGCCUGGACAUGCCCUUGAUCUCAUCGGUUCUGAGCGGGUCAGGGGGCAGCACGGUUAGCGGGGAGGGCACGGGGUAGCCGGAGAAGGGUCUCUGGAGCAGGUCUUGAGGGGCCAUGGGGCAACCCUGGGUGUGGGGACACAGUCGGGUUGACCCAGGACUGUCUCCCUGCAGAACUAGGCAGGGAAUGAGUCCCCCCUCUUGUUUCCCGUCCUGAGAUUGGGCAUGGGGUGCGGUGGGGGGGCACCUGCCGCCUGUUGUUACGGGUGUUUUAUUAUUUUGCAGGGGGGUGUGCUUUUUCUGGGGUCUUUGAGCUCCAAAAAAUAAACACUUCCUUUGAGGGGGAGCACACCUUA